ACCAUAGAGUGCCGGAAAAACUGUGAGCACAAGUGUCAGGAAGAGAAAGCUAAGGCAGUGUGUUUCUUGCUAAAAUGACGACCUUAGUGCUGGAUAACGGAGCCUACAACGCCAAAAUUGGUUACAGCCAUGAAAGUGUAUCGGUUAUUCCUAACUGUCAGUUCAGGUCAAAAACAGCACGUCUUAAAACUUUUACUGCUAACCAGAUAGAUGAAAUAAAAGACCCUUCUGGGCUCUUUUACAUCCUUCCUUUUCAGAAGGGUUACUUGGUGAAUUGGGAUGUUCAAAGACAAGUUUGGGAUUACCUUUUUGGGAAAGAAAUGUAUCAGGUUGAUUUUUUAGAUACUAAUAUUAUUAUCACAGAACCAUAUUUUAAUUUCACUUCAAUUCAAGAAUCAAUGAAUGAAAUCUUAUUUGAAGAAUACCAGUUCCAAGCAGUAUUAAGAGUAAAUGCUGGGGCUCUCAGUGCACAUAGAUAUUUUCGAGAUAAUCCUUCCGAAUUAUGCUGUAUCAUUGUAGAUAGUGGAUAUUCCUUUACACAUAUAGUUCCCUAUUGCAGAAGUAAGAAGAAAAAAGAAGCAAUUAUUCGGAUAAAUGUGGGAGGAAAACUCCUAACCAAUCAUCUGAAGGAGAUCAUAUCUUACAGACAGCUACAUGUUAUGGAUGAAACUCACGUAAUUAAUCAAGUAAAAGAAGAUGUAUGCUAUGUGUCUCAGGAUUUUUAUAGAGAUAUGGAUAUUGCCAAGAUGAAAGGAGAAGAAAAUACAGUAAUGAUAGAUUAUGUUUUGCCUGACUUUAGCACAAUUAAAAAGGGCUUUUGUAAGCCAAGGGAAGAGAUGGUGUUAAGUGGAAAAUAUAAAUCCGGGGAACAAAUUCUUCGCCUGGCCAACGAGAGAUUUGCUGUUCCAGAAAUACUCUUUAAUCCUUCUGAUAUAGGCAUUCAGGAAAUGGGGAUUCCAGAAGCUAUUGUCUAUUCAAUUCAGAACUUACCUGAAGAAAUGCAGCCGCAUUUUUUUAAGAACAUUGUUUUGACAGGAGGAAAUUCCCUUUUCCCAGGAUUUAGGGAUCGGGUUUAUUCAGAAGUUCGAUGUCUCACUCCAACCGAUUAUGAUGUUUCUGUUGUGCUGCCUGAAAACCCUAUUACUUAUGCCUGGGAAGGUGGAAAAUUGAUAUCAGAAAAUGACGAUUUUGAAGAUAUGGUGGUAACAAGAGAAGAUUAUGAAGAAAAUGGACAUAGCGUCUGUGAAGAGAAAUUUGAUAUUUAAGAAACAUUUCUGAAUGAACCUUUUGCCUAGUUGUGACAAAGAUUUAAUUUCAGUGUUCUUUUUAAAAGGAGGUUCAGAACCUGUGUUACCUUUCAUCUUAAGAUAAAGUCUUAACCUAUGUAAAUACUUCGCUUGCUCCAUGGGUAAUUUUUCAAAGGCUUCAAAGCUAGGUUAUUAAGUAAACUAACUCAGCCCAUAUUUGCGUUUCGGACCUAGACUGCCAUCACAAUGCUUAUGCUGUUUCUGAGAGCAGGUUUUCUUUCAUUAGAAGAUGAAAGAUUGAAUGCGUUUUAAGUUUAAUUCUUCAUAGCUGAAAGCAGAAACUUAACUGUCUCACUGGUCAAUUUUCCUAGAAGGUAGUUUUGUGUGACUGUGACUAGGAAUGGGCCAUUUCUUUUAGGUUGGUGUCAUUUCUUUCUUUUUUUUAGAAUUAAGUAUUUUAAAGUUUUCAUUUUUAUUUGUAUAUACAAAAGUUGGAAAGACUAAUCUUGUGGGUGUUUAAUGUUUAUUUUUUACGCAGAGUAAGUUUGUAAGGGUAGGCACUAAAAGCAUUUUUGCUCGUACUGUGUUGGCAGAAGUGUAUCAUUAUUUCACUCAAUAAAACUGGUACAGUUUUUAGGUUGGAAAGAAAUUUGAAGUUAACUUGGGGUUGCUUAAAAACUCUUGAUACAAAUGUCAGUGUUUAGUUUUAAAAACGCUUAUAUAAUCCUCAGUAAGCAUAUUAAGGUGGUAAAGGCUAUGGCUCUCCAAUUUAAGGAAACAGCUAUCAGUGACCUUAAUGAGUGGAUCGGGUAGGCUUCUUUGAUUGCAAACAGUAGAAACUCAUUUGGGCUAUUCUAAGCCAAACAAAAUUUAUCAGCAGGACCGAGGACAGCUCAUAAAAAUUGAAGAAAAGGCUGGACCAGCAGUCUUAGAAAGAAUAAAAACCAGAUAAUCUUAGGAAUUGAGGGACAGUCCUUACAGAGCACUGCCGUCAAAAUACUUCAGCUUCUGUAUUUUCUAUCUUGUGUUAUUGUGCUCAUGAAUCAAAUUCCUCCCAGUCUCCUUACCCUAGUUAGGAUUAUGCGCCUGCCCCAUGGCUUUGGGGACUUUGACAGUCUACUAAGAUAGCCUGCAGUGAAAAGAGGUAGUUUCCCAAAGGAAAGUCAAGGUGGAGAGAGAGAUGCUGGAUGGGGUGAAGGCGCUGUCUACUACAAUCAUAUUUGGAUUGUGUUGGGUUAGGGCCUGGUCAGUCCUGCCUAGACCAAGGCUGGUUGUCAUUAUAGAAUUGCAAUUGAUUGUGUUUGUGUGAUUCCCAGUUCCUAGCAUAUAAUCUGUGGACAGUGUAGCAAAAAGAUGCUGGUACCAUAAAAGAAUUUUUGCAACCAUGCAGUAUAAUAGUGCUAGAAUUUCAAGGUGAUGUGCUUGGAGGUAAAGAGAUAAGCCCCCCCAUAACCCCCAUUUAAAGGGCUUUCCUUGACUUGUCAGAACCUCAUCUUGGACAGGCAGCAUACUGUCAUCACCAACCAGGGUGUUCUCCCCGUGAGAAACUGGGGCAUUCCUCAAAGCUGCAUUCCCCAAACAUGCCCCAGCCUGAAGUCUUCUGUUAUGUCCUGCUGAGAAUGAUGGCUGUGUGUUUACAUCCUUACUACAGUAAACUGUAAUUUCUGUAUACA